GAUUGCAAUUUCUAAUCUUGCAUCAACCGGAUUACCUAUUUCUGUUCCCCCUAUUACUAAUGAUUCCGAAAUUGUAGAGGAAAACCAAGUCAAAGAACAAGAACUAGUUGAAGAACUUCAACAUCAAAUCGAUGCAUUAUAUACUUUACAGAAACCU